AUGCUGGUGCAGCGUGACCGCUGCAGAGGUUGUAGGAGUUGCAGUGGUGGAGAAUGUGGCUUCCCCAGGUGUGGAGGUGUGGAGGUGAGGUGGAUUUGCACAGGCGGCGAGUAUAAGAGCCUCUCAGAGCUGGCUGUGCCUCUGGCGGACGGCCACCAGACAGGCCAGAGGAGAGAGAAGCCGAAGAGUGGCUUUGUGGCUGCAGCAGGCGGAUACAGCGCCUCCGUCCGUCCAGGUGGAUACAGCGCCUCCGCCCGUCCAGUGCACCAUGCGCCGUGCCUGGUAAAUGGUAUAGCUCUGUUUGAGGGAGCUGCCUGGUCUCCAGAUCCCUGUAGUGUGUGCAGGUGUAGGAAUGGAGCAGUUCACUGCCAUGCAAUAGCCUGCCCAGGAACUGUGCGUGCCAGCAGACCUGUGGUCCAGCAACAGAAACCGCCACAGGGAAAGGAGCCGAACAGCGCCAGCCAAGGGAAGCACAGUCCAGUGGGAGUGAAGCCACCCACGACAAUGGGGGCAGUAACAGCAGCAGAUCGUCCAUCUGCAUUCCCGAAGAAGCAAGCACCACCACCGAAGAAGAGCCAGGAAGUUGCUGCCAAACCAGCCUGGCCAGACAGGAAGCACCAUGUGGUCGGUGGAGUGAGGUUUAUGGAAAGACGGCGAUUUGACACUGAUGACCAUGACGACGAUGAUUACAUGGAUGACAACAGUGACAUUGAUGAUGACGAGGAUGAUGAUCGUACCAUCCUAAACAGCCCCAGCAGGCAGUGGGGAGCUCUGUCUGCUAACAGACCACCAGCAUAUGCUGCUUCAAGGCCAGCAUUACCUCCGCCUAAAAGACCUGUAACUCCUCCCACUAGGCAGUACGUAGCCCCACCUGCUGGGCAGCCUGCAGCGAGCCAGCGAGGAAGUGGACAACGCGUUAUACACCCCUACCCUCACAUGGCGUCUCUCCCAACUGGCUGUCUGAUGUCCCAGUCCCUCAUCGCUUGUGGCAGCACAGGGCUGAGUCACCUGCCCCUGCUGAAGGACCCGGGCAUCAGGGCACUCUACCUGGCAGAUAAUAAGAUCAGUAAAAUCCCCACAUGGGCUCUGGCUGGCCUGCCCAACCUGGAGUGGCUGGACCUGAGCAAAAACCAACUGAAUGACGCGUCUCUGGGUGUAGAUGUGUUCCGGAAUCUGACCAAACUGCGGAGGUUGAAUCUGGAUGGAAACAACCUGACCAAAAUCCCACCGCUUCCCCUCUCACUGCUGGAGCUCAAGAUCAACGACAACAAACUGAGUGGACUAACCCCACACACCUUUAAGGGUCUGUUUCAGCUGCUCACUCUGGAGCUGGAGGACAAUCACUUUCAUGACGGGAACGUCUCUCCGCUGGCCUUCCGCACGCUGGGAAAACUCAUCUAUCUGAGGCUGGAUGAUAACGACUUCCGAGCCAUUCCCUCCGGAUUACCGGCCUCACUGCAGGAGCUUCACCUCUCUGAUAACAGGAUUGAGGUUGUGCAUGCUGGACUCCUCAAUAAGACAGUGAACUUGAGAGUCUUGAACCUCAGCCAUAACAAAAUACGAGAAGACCGCAUUGCACCCAGAGCCUGGAUACACUUACGUAAACUGGAGUCGUUGGAUCUGUCCCACAACAAACUGGUGCAUGUACCUUCGUUCCUACCAGCGGGCCUUCGUCAGCUCACGCUGCAUCAUAAUCAGAUCGAGCGCAUCCCCGCCUACGUGUUUGGCCACCUGCGGCCGGGACUCGACUCCCUCCACCUGUCCUACAACCGUCUGCGGGAGGAUGGCAUCAGCGAGAUGUCCUUCCUGGGUUUGUACCACUCGCUCACAGAACUCCUACUGGAUCACAACCGGCUCCAGGCCAUCCCGCGCGGGAUCCUACAGCUCCAGACCCUUCAGGUCCUCCACCUCAACCACAACUACAUCAACUCUGUGUCCAUGAAUGCCCUGUGUGACACUACCGCUCGUGAAGAUUCACCCCUGCUCUCUGUUCAUCUGGAGAACAACCUGAUUGAUCGGCGUUUGGUCCCACCCACAGCACUCUCCUGCAUCAGGAACUACCACAGCGUCCUGCUGCGUCCUCAAAGACACGAACAAAUUUACUAGUAAAACCUACACAUGCCCACAGAUACACACACCGGGGCGCACACACUCCCACACCCACACCCACCAAACCCCACCAUCAGUUUCUGUUACAUAAUGAUGCAAUUCAGAUGGUGUCAGUGAUGCAGUAAUAUUUUAGUCACCCAGUACUUCAGGUGUAUGAAAUAAGGGUUUCUAUGUACUCAUGGAAACUACCCAUAACUUUUAAACUGUUUAGUUGCUUCCUGGCUUCGGACCAUUCCUAUGAUUGUUCUAGGACACAACCUGAUCGUACUGUCUAGAUUUAUUUCGUUUGAGUCUAACACAUGCUUUUAUUUGGUUAUUACUGUAGCUUUUUAAUCAAUCCAGAUAUAAAUAUACUGUAUAUUACAGGGAUGUUCUACUUGGUCCUUGUUCAGACAUUUUUUACAGGGUUUAUGACUACUGCAGUCCCUCGGUAGAGCUUUAAUAUUUAUCUCGUUAUCAAAUGCAUUUAGGUUACACCACACGCCUUUUUAUAUUUAAUAAUGGAGUAUAUUUGCAUGUUGCUGAAGAAUUGUUCUUAAAAUGACAGUUUCAUUGUUUAUAAUGUUGUGCGAUGUCAUUGGCAACAAUGGACUUACUGUGCCAAUAAACAGUUUAGCACGAAA